AUGGUCUACGGAAUAUUGGUUGUGAUUUUGGUGACUUACGCCUUAUACAGACUGGUACUGUCUUUUCUCGAUGUAACUCCGGAUGUGAGAGGAAAAACUGUUUUUAUUAGUGGCUGUGACAGUGGGUUUGGACAUGAUCUGGCGUUGAAAUGUCUUCAACAUGGAAUGACGGUCUUUGCUGGAUGCUUAACUGAUGAGGUUGGUAAAAUUGGAUGUCAAAUGUAGUCAAAACACAACUAUUUCUAACAAGUUAUCAGAUUUUCUUUCGGUUUUGGGAAGGUGGGACUCAUUAGGGGCAUAUCAACAUAAGGUUGUAAAUAGUGGUUUCCUUAAAAACCUCAGGAUCUUCUCGCUCUCCUAACACUUUUCCUGUUAAGUUUUGACUUAUUUGUAGCAUGCAAAAAAUAAGUCAAAACAACUAAAAUAACUAAAAUCAAGAUCGUCUAUACAUAUUUUUGGGAUAAAAAUUUUAUUGUCAUAUCUAUGCAAAAACUGGGUUUUUAGCAUACUUUUGGAGAUUAUGGUUGAAUAGCUAUAUUUCACUUGUCUUUUCGUAUCUCAUAUGGUUUACCACAAAAACACAGCUCUUGUUGUUUCAGGGCGCUCGCAACCUUCAAACAAAAGCUUCCGGAACUAAUGAGAAGUCUGGUGAAUCCUCGAGGUAACUCUAGACCUUUUUCAGGUCGCAUUUUUUUGGUCAAUAUAUUCCCCUUUGAGUUUCAGCUCCCGCCACGGUAAACUUCACACAAUCAUUGUUGACGUCGCGUCGGAUGAGAGUGUUGAGAACGCCAGAAAAGAAGUCACCUCUCUGCUCAAUGGCAAUGGAUUGGACGGGAUUGUAAACAACGCCGGUGUUCCUGCUGGUGGCCUUGAUGAUUGGCUUACCGUAAAAGAUUAUCAAAAAGUUUUGGAUGUAAAUUUGCUGGGUGUCAUUCGGACAACUCACGCCUUCAGGAAGCUGGUCAAGAAGAACAAGUAAGCAAAACCUGAUAAAACAUUUUAUAAAUUAUUUUUAGAGGGCGAAUUGUAAAUGUCUCAAGCGCCUUGUCGAUGGUGGCCUUGGGCACCCUGGCCCAAUAUUCUGUCAGCAAAUUUGCCGUCAAAGCGUAUACGGAUGCUAUUAGGUAAGUAAUCUUAAAAGUAUGCGUAAGAUCACGCAAUCUUUUAAUCAUCAAGUACCUCAAUUUUUGCAGAACCGAAUACGCGCAAUUCGGAGUUACUGUCUCUGUUUUGGAGCCAGGGUUUUUCAGAACACCACUGGCUGCUCCAGCAGAAAACGUUCAGCGGUUAAAGAAGUUGGUCAGCAACUUACACAGCGAAGUGAGGGAAGAAUACGGAGAGGAGUAUUUUGAGAAGAGUAAGGACUUUGAUUUACCAUCUUCUCUGUGUGAAGAAACUAUGGCAAAAAUACAUACUAUUUGGGGAAUUUUUAGGGGUCGCUAGGAGCUAUACUUAUGAUUAGAAAAAAAAUCAGUUAAAAUUUUUGCCAAGUUUUUUCGCGCACCUCUGUUGCAAAGUAAUCAGCAACCAUUGCAAUGGAGAGAAUACAAAAAAUCGGCGAAUUAACAUGUAAACGCAUGUUACAGCAAAAAACCGUUUCACUUUUUCAGCCAUUGGAAAAACGCAGGGUUUCCUUGAUGGUCUUUGCUCUCCCAAAACCUACCUCGUUGUUGACGCCUACUUUCACGCUUUGACCAGCAAAUAUCCCCGGGUCAAAUACCACGUUGGAUGGGACUACUAUCUUUUCUUCUUCUUAUCUCUCUGGCCUGCGGUAGCUCGGGAUUACCUUCAAUAUUUUGCAGCGUGGAUCAGUGGAGUCCCCAAGCCAAAAGGAGCAAGAUAA